CCUCCAGCGCCCCACCCACUGGCCCUCUGUACCGCGUGGUCUCGUGACAUGGACCUGAGCAAGUUUGCGUUGUUUUAACAAACUGUUUAUUUAUUUAUUUCACUUUACCGGAUACACUUCUCCAACAGCGAAGUUUGCUUCUAUUAACCUGCGUCACUGAAGAACGAGGCUUCUGUAAACAUGCUGCCGAGUCGUUCUCCGCCACACGAUUGGCUCAGCGAGUCAGAGCCGCUGCUGUUCGAUGAUGAGUUUUGUCAGAACUUGAUCAAGGACCUGCAGUCGAUACCCACGCCGCCACAGUCUCCACCGAUAAAGGCCGACCUCAGUAAGUCCUUGUCCAACGUGGAACAACUCCAGCUGGUGUCGGAGCUUUUGCUCGAGGACAGCGACUUUUUUCAUUUGAACUGGAACUGUGAUCUUGGCGAUGAUCGCGCGAGGUAUCCCGUCUCGGACGACUGCUUGUGGCCAUGUGCCGUUGAGAAAUCGGCUGAAGAGAAAAUGUCUGUGCUUUCCACGAGUCCUCUGCUUUCGGAUAUCGAUACGGAAAUCUUUGCAGAGAUCGCCGGUUCCACCCUGGAUUGUCGUGCUGCGGCCGUGUGUGAGGCGCUAAUGCAGAGCGAUGACUUGAUACUGAACACUCCCGAGCAGAGCGAGACCUCCUCCUCUACCGAAGAAUCAUCCAGCAAUUCUGAGGAGGAGAUUGAUGUGGUGACUGUUCGUCGCUGCAAGAAAUUCACUCGCUCACAGCAGCAGAAAGAUGAUGACAGGCGCAAGCAGCUGGCGCUGAAGCGCUGUCACCUUGAGAUCCAGCAGCAACACAACUAUGCUGCUCCUCGGCCCGCCUCACCCCCCCCUCCUUCGCCGAGUGUAAAGCGUGUCCGUGGAAACGUGAGACACUUCAGCUCCCGCCACUCCUGCGACCUGGAGGACGAUGAGGAGCGCCGCAGGACCCAUAAUGUAAUGGAGCGGCAACGGCGCAAUGAAUUGAAGAACUGCUUUUUACGUCUGCGUGACCACGUGCCCGAGCUGUCUAACAAUGACAAGGCAUCCAAGGUGAUAAUACUGAAACGAGCUAAGGAGAGCAUCCGCAACCUGGAAUCCGAGGAACAGAGGCUCAGUCAAAAGAGGGACAGGCUGAGAGAGAAACAGGAGCAGCUCGAGGCCAGGUUGGAGCAGCUCAAAAGGCUUUGAGACUUCUGAAGAAUGUUUUAGGACUAGAUACAGCUGGAAUACUGUUUGGGGCACGGCCAGCAUUCACAGGCUGUCCCAGUAAUGCUGCACAUGAGCAAUGCAGCGCUAUUUACUGACUGUUCCUCUCUAAGGAGAUGGCUGGGUUUCUUUUUUUCUUUUCGUUUUUGUAAAAUUCCUUUUGGAAAUAUGCAUCUUCAGUGCAAACGUUGUUCUCAGAGUAGUUCUUUAAAGCUAUGCCAAAAUUAUUAGUCUUAAAAUGAGAAUUGAAUUUUAUGUUGUUCAACUAAACCUUUUGCCAGUGUAAACAAUCAUUAAUCUGUAUAAAUUAACCCCCCCCAUUCCCCUGCAAACACACACACACACACACACACACACACACACACACACACACACACACACAGAGUCAGUGUAAAUGAUCAUGUGCUACUGAUGUAUGAUUUUGGGCUGGAUCCAAAAAUGGUCAGAUUUUUGGGGGUGAGUGUUAUGACUGUAAAUGGUUGUGUUUGCUCUGCUGGGAAGAUGUUGAUCCUUGUUUAUAAUACGGUCUAGGCAUUUAUAUACUGGAAUGACCAGACCAGUUGGUUGACAUUUGCAUUAUCACUUGUAGUUUGGUGUGACAUUCAUAAAAUGUGCGUUCAUAUUUGAAUCUCAUUUUCUUGUGUGUCGAAUAUAAUAUUUUUAUUCUUUCUCUUAUCUACCUCUGACAAGGAGAUUGGGAUUAUUGUUAUUGCCUUUAUAAUGGCAACUGUAUAGAAUUCAGCUAUUUUUUUUUGUCAGUUUCUUAAUUAUGUCUGAUAAAUUAUUUAGGUGUUUUCUUUACAACAUUGAAGGUUUGUUCUUUUUUUAGCUGUACCUUUUUAUACUUCUAUUAAACAGUAGACAAAAUA